GCUGCAGGGAAGACCAUGGCCAGUGGGGCGAAGAGACGAGAGUGUUGGGCCUCCCGCGACGCCUUCUUCGCUUGCCUGGACCAAGGGGACGGCCAGAUGGGUCCAGAGGCAGAAAAGCGCUGUGCGAAAGAAUGGAUCGAGUUCCAGAAGCGAUGCCUGCCCUCCUGGGUGAAGCACUUCGUCAUGCAAAGGAACUUGGGCCAAGCCGGUGCCAGUUCAGGCUGA